GAGGCAGGCUCAGUUUACUCAUUUACGGCGAGCGGAAUGGUUCGCCUUUCAAUAUUGUGCUUGCUUCUGGGGCUCUACGGAGUCCAGUCCCUUUUUUGUGAUUACUCUGGUGAAAAGGAGUGUGUGCCGAGAAACUUAUGCAGGAUCGGCACCGAAUCCGGAAUACCUAGCGUACAGUUUCGGACUUUUGCAAAUGGAAACCAGGGAUGUCCUGCCGCCGAAAUCUGCUGCCACAGAUCGGAAAUGCUAGCAAUGCCGGUCUCGGGACCAGUCCCCGAUCAAUGGACUCCACCCGACUGUGGGCACGCAAACCGUGACGGCAGGACCUUCAAAAAGUACAACGCGGGAGACACCGCCCAGGAGGCAGAGCUGCCUUGGAUGGUGGUCCUGCUAGAUGCCCGGUACUUCCAUACGGUGGGCGGUGGCUCCUUGAUCAAACCGGAUGUAGUGCUCACAGCCACCUCCGUGAUCCGUAAAAUCCCCGAGGAGUAUCUCCUUGCGCGAGCAGGGGAAUGGGAUCUCAAUUCCAACGCCGAGCUGGGAAAACAUAAGGAUUUGGUCAUCAGGAAGAUCGUGCCGCACCCGUACUUUUCCGAGACUACAGGAGCAAACAACGUGGCACUGUUGUUCCUGGACAGUCCACUUCCACUGUCUAGCCAUAUAAAUCUCAUCUGCCUGCCGCCCCCAAAUCGGGCCUUUAUCCCGAAUCGUUGCAUCGUCAGUGGCUGGGGUAAGAGGACGAUGAACGAUGUGAGUUUCAUCCAUGCCCUGAAGAAGAUCGAGGUGCCGUUGGUGGAUAGUUUCUCGUGCGAGCAGCAAUUGCGCCGGCCUUAUACAGCAGCCUUCACUCUUCAUAACAGCCUCCUCUGCGCCGGCGGAGAGAUUGGCAAGGAUUCGUGCGAGGGCGACGGGGGAGCCCCACUGGCCUGUCCGCUCCAAGGCGAUCCCAAUCGCUACGAGCAGGUCGGCAUCGUCAACUUUGGAGCCGGAUGCGGGGAGCCAAUUCCGGCAGCCUACACUGAUGUUUCUAAAAUGCUACCUUGGAUUAACCAUCAGAUCCAACUAGGUACGAUUGGUACAAUUGUACAAGCAACUGAAAAUCCCAAUCAUGAUAAUAUAAUCGAAUUCGGCGAGAUACCAAACUUGCAGCUUUCACCUGUCGACAUGGUAGUAGAAGAAGCAUGAUAUAUUUUAUUUUCCCUUUUUAUCGUGUAUCAAGCUUAAAGAAGAAAACAUCUUAAAUAUGAAUUUGCUAUUAUGUGUUAUUUUAUUAUGUAUAUGAAAUAUAUAUUUUUGUAAGACUUAA